AUGGCUGCCUAUCCGGCUCAGUCUCUCACCCAGCAUGCAGCUCCCUACCUGGAACUGGCUGCCUUCGUGGUCCACUGUGGUCUCUGGUCCUGCUGCCUGCCGCUGCUCAGGGACCUGCAGCAUGGUCUCGUGGACUCAGCCAACCAUGAUAAGCUUAAUAGGAGCAGACCACCAGAGAAAGUUCUUAACUUCCAACCACUAUCACCUGCCAGUGUGGGACCCAGCUAUAAGUUCAACCUGGUUGCAGGAAGGACCACUGCACGUGAUCCGGAUACGGCGGUGACGUCAGACGCGGCGGUGGCGAGCGCGCGAUUGAGACGGCGGCGGAGCGUUGGGUCCGGGGCGCUCACUCAUGAGGAGCAGGAAGGUGAGCGGCCGGGCGGGCAGGACGCGCGCCGCCGUUUGGAGAACCGAGGAGGAGCGGGCGCCUCGCUUGGCUCGGCCGGCGGCGGCUGCUCGGCCCGGCCGCCUCGGAUCCCCCUCCAGCCCCGCCCCGGGAGUGCGGCUCCUGCACGGCCUCCUCCGGGCUCGGGGCUGCAGGACUCAGGGCUGCAGGACUUAGCGCUGGCGCUGGGACCGAGUGGGGCCCCUGACAAUGCGGCUUCCUGCCCUGGCGUCCUGGCCCCGCCACGCUGCCCAGACCCGGGCCCGCACGGGGCAGCCGGCCUCAGCCAGAUUCCGCGUCAUGUUAUCGGGGCAGAGGACCAGCAGUGUGACAGAGGGGAGGGUGGCUGGGCCUCAUCCCCCCUGCAGAGGGACUCUGACCUGGCACGGCUUGAACGAUCUGCCACCAGCCUCUUCAUCUUGUCCUGCCAUGAGCAGACGAGAGUUCAGAAAAAUGCAUUUCAGAGCCAAAGAGGACGAGGAUGAGGACGACGCCGAGAUGUAGUGUGGGUCUUCCCCUCUCGUGUUCAGCAGACGGCGCAGCGAGUCUGAAGAUCUCUGGAUGGCGUCUCCAAGAGAACACACUCUUAGUUGAACACAGAAUUGACACGAGGUCACCAGCGCCAACACCCGGCCCCUACGGGAGGGUUCCUCUUGCGGGUAUCCAAUCCUGCAUGCACGUGGUACACUAACGUGCACUCAGGCAACACACACACGCGAGUGUCAAACUUCAGAGAGCCCAGUCCUGGCGCCGGCGGUGACUUUACAUGUCCCGGGUACUUGAAAAGGACUGCCCUCAGAAACAUGGAAGACCACACAUUGUGAACAGUGUGCGUCCGUGACUGUAAGACAGGCAGCGGGUCCUCAGAAAGCUCCAUGGUGCUGUCCUGAGGCACUGCUGCGCACGGCUGUGAAGACAGACUCAGCCGGGGCAAUGGUUCCGUCACCGGCUGCUGUUAUUGUGCCCUUGGCCCCACCUUUCUCGAUACGUGCACACUUUUUAGACACGUCUAUUUUGGAAAAAAAAUCUUUAUUUUAUGUAUGGCAAAUGUAAAAAAUUUUAAACAUAAAAUAUACUUGCUUUUAAAAACAAAACUCAGGCUGGGCCUAGAAGAGUGACAAAAUGUAAGGGUAAUAGCCCCAUCACCACUGCAUCACCUCAGAGGGCCUGGCGUGUGUCACCGGCGGGCGCUUACGAGCA